UAAAUAAUUAAAUAAAUAGAAAGAUAAAAGAUAAUCUAAUAUAUAUAUAUAUAUCAUAUCUAUAUAUCUAUAUAUCUAAUCUACCCAUUGAUCUAAUGCAAAAUUAUAAGUUUAUGGUUUUUCUUAUUGUGCAUCAUAUAAAAGAAAGGAAAAAGAAAAAAGGAAAGAAAAGAAAAGAUAACGCUUAAUAUUAUAAAUUAUAAAGUGUUUGAUUAAUUAUUAAAAAUGGGUAUAAAAGGCUUGACAAGUUAUAUUCAAGAUCAUGCAGAAUAUUUUCUUCAAGAUUAUAAAUUAUGUGAUACCUUCUUAGUUAUCGAUGGCUCUAAUCUUGCGUAUCAAUUAUAUUGGAAAUAUACGAAAUCUAAUGAAGCAUUUGGAGGUGAUUAUGAUAAUUACGCUGAUAGUGUGAAAAAUUUCUUUGUAAACCUAAGUAAUUACAAAGUAACACCAUUAGUUCUGAUGGAUGGUAGUUUUGAAUCUAGAAAAACAAAAACUGCAAUGACUCGUUUAUACGAUAGAUAUAAAUCAGCACGUGAUCAUUUUCCUAACUAUCUAUUUGAUAGUUCUUAUUUACAUUUUUUCAUUCCUAAUUUAAUAUUUUAUGUAUUCAAAGAAAUUCUUAAUGAAAUGAAUAUAAAACAUGUACAGUGUUUAUUUGAAGCUGACAAUGCAAUAGCUGGUAUUGCUAAACUUUUACAAUGUCCUGUUCUUAGUUAUGAUUCUGAUUUUUUUAUUUAUGGAUCAAUGUACAUACCGUUCAAUACAUUGAAAUGGUCAAAGAAAGAUACAGAAGAUUUAAAAAAUUGUUCUAUUUAUAAAAUAGAAUCUUUAUUUAAUAUUUUUCGUGGAUUGGUUGAUUGGAAGUUACCUUUAGCUGCUAUAUUGAUUGGAAACGAUUACGUAGAGCAACAGGAAUUCAAUGUUUUGUACAAAAUUAUACAAAGACGAGGAAUGAAGAAAAAAUUACGUUGCAAUAAUUCACAACAAUAUCGUAUACAGUCUAUAUUUCAAUGGUUGGCUGAACAAGAAAUAAACACUGUCAUAUUUGAUAUAAUAAAUGCUGUACGUUUGAAUAAUAGAACACAAAUACUUAAAACAAUGGAGAUGAUCAUAAAUGAAUAUACUAAUAUAUCAGAAGAUAUACUACUUCAAUUUGAUUUUUCUCAAGAAAUUAUUAAUGAUAUUACUUCUAAAAGAACAGAAUUUGAUACGACUUCUAAAGAUAAUAUGAUUAGUACUAUACAUCUUUUAUUAAAAAAAUACGAAAAUACGAAAGGUUCUUCGUCUAAAAUUGUACAGAUGGAUAUUAUUCAUCAAUUACCCCAUUGGUUUAUCGUUGAAUAUUCUAAAGGUCACUUUCCAAAUUAUUUUAUAACUUUAUUAGCUCACGGAAAGUAUUUACAUUCUGCACAAGUUGAAGAUUAUAAUCAACCAUCAAGUAUAUUCAUAAGCAUGCCGAUUCUUGAAGUUAUAUAUACAUUACUUAUAACAGGAUUUGAAAAACCAAGACUAGGCUCACACUUGUUAACUAGAGGAAUAAAAAAUCAGAUAACUCAAUAUUCAUUAAAAUACCUUGAUAAUAUUGGUAUUGAUAAAACUCCAUCUCUUUCAGAUCUUAGAGAGGUCCCAUUAAAUAUAAGAAAAUACAUUUAUGAUAAUACUUUAAAUAUAAAACAAUACGAUCUUGUAAAUAAAUUUCCUCAAAAUUGGAGAUUGUAUAUUACUGCAAUCAAAUAUUGGGUUGAUAACUUAUCAUUAUCAUCUAAUAUUCAUAUAUAUACGUUGCUCUUUGCAAUGUUACAAAAUGUUAUUUAUCUAAAAAUUGGUUUUUAUAAAUCAAUUAAAUCAUUUAAAUCGAAAUUUAGUAAUCAGUUGCGAGAAUUGAAGAUAGUAAUAAAUGAAGAAACAGGCUUAAUAAAUCAAAUGAAAAAAAUGGAUCUUCUUCUUCCUUCGCAGUUAAUUGAAGAGAAAAGUAUUACAGAAUUAAUAAAUGAAAUUACAGAAACUGAUUGUUUAAUGUUAACGCCAUAUUUUAUUUCUUAUAACAAGGUCCACCCGAAACUUGUACAAAAUAAAAAACUAUAUAAACCAGAGAUUGUUCAUAUAUUCACACAAUUUCAAAAUUGUUUGAAAUUUAGUUUAGAUUUAAAUGCAUUAUUGGGUGAUCCAUAUGAAAUUUCAAAAAUAUCUAUCAUGUUUAAUGGUACUUUGAUAUAUAAUCUAUAUGUUAGUUUUAAAAAACGUAAAAAUGUUGAAGAUUAUAUUAAAGUAAUACUUGAAAAUUCUCCAAAUUUUGCUCGCCUAUUUGAUGCAAUUUUAUCUCAUUCCAAGUUACUUUUUAAUUUUCACACAAAUGUUCCUACGAAACAAAAUAAUGAUAAUUGUUAA